GUGCCACGAGAAGAGAAGCUUUUCAGUAGGAAAAUAGUGCUCACUGCUGGGGCGCCCUGAAGUCGGAACGCCGUUGCUCAGUUUUUUGUACGUUGGGUGCGGACGGAUAGGAGGGCCACAGGAGGUUGAUCAAUUAACCCGCCGCUCUAGCCUUGAAUUAGGUGGGCGGUGGUGGGAUCAUAUUGGCGUAGCCUCCCGUGGAUUUGGGACGUGCAUGCACAAUGUCCGCCAGGUCGAUGCUCCGGAAUAUCUUGCAGAACGGGGCCGUUCAAAAUGCUUUGCGGCAGAAUGUGUCGGUAGUUGCUUCGAAUGGGGCCAAUCUGGUGCAGCAUAGGAUUGCAACAAAUAGUGUUGUGCUAGAAUCUGGUCUGAAAUGUGCAGUGGCGGAGUAUGGAUUCGCAUCCAGGGGCUUUACUGCUUGGCAUGGACCCUUGCUCGCUGAUGAUAAGAUAGUCGAAUCUCUGGGCAACGCAACUGGACUGGAAAGAGAAGAGCUGGAAGCCGAGAUGGAGGGCAAGUCAAGGUUCGAGACUGCUCCACCAACCGGACCCUUUGGUACCAAGGAAGCCCCUGCAAUUGUGGAGUCACACUUUGAUGAACGGAUUGUCGGUUGCCCUGGUGGAGUGGGGGAUGAUGAACAUGAUGUCCUGUGGUUCCAUUUGAAGAAAGACGAGACCUUCGAGUGUCCUGUUUGCACGCAAGUCUUCCAGCUUAAGGUCAUUGGGCCCGGCGGACCCCCUGAUGGUCAUCAUUGACCAGGCAUCCGACAAGGCACCUCAUACAAUGCGUCAAGUUAGCUCAUGAGGACGAGCCUAACAGUAGGCCAACGGUCAAAUUGCUUCUGCAUGAGCUCAGUGUGUACCUUUCUAUGCCGACCACCACCAUGAACAAUCCUGGUCACAACGAGACCAUGGACAGCACUCGAGACGUUUACUAUGUCGGUUACUUUCAAUAUUUGUAAGCUAACAGCCAGUGAAUUCACACUUGACAUGGGGUCGAUCACUUUCAAGGGUUGCCAAGAAGGCCCUAUCCUUCGAUCCGAGCAGGAUAUUCUGCAUGUCACUUUGCAGUCAAGGGCGAGCCUACUAAGGACACUUCAUGUCGUAUUAUGCAUCCAGAACGUGUUUUUGAACUCGAACC